GCUUUAACUCUCAUCUCAAACUCACCGAGUUGCUGACUCACCUUCCCUGGUUCCUUUUUGCCUUUGCUACCCGAUGCAUGCACAUUUCUAGCCUUCAGGCUUUUAGGGUUUCCCUGUUAACAUUUUCUUUUGGUGUCUUUGGAUCUUGUUUCGUGUUUUCGCAGCUCAUAAGUGCAGCUCAAAUCAUAAAUUUGUAUUAUCUGAUACCAGGGAAGAUUUAAUUGGUGCGGAAUGAACAGCUCCAGGGAAGAUUCUCCAGAUUGGCUGCGCUCUUUUCAGGCACCAACUUCUAAUUUGACAUUAUCUUCGGAUUCGGAUUCUUUGCCAAAUGGGAAUGAGGAGGAUGGAAAGGUUUGUAUGGAAGAAAUGUCCAAGAAAGGCUCGUUGUCUCAAACAGCAAAUGAGUCAAUUUGGACUUUAUCGUCAGAUUCUGACACUUCUCUUAAAAGGAAGGAGAAAGGGUCUUUAUCUCAAGAAAGUGGUGAGACCAGUGAUCUAGUUCUGACUGGAAGAGCCGAAAAGUCUCCACGAAAGAAGACUUCUAAAGGAAUAUCUCCAAAAAAGAGGGUAAAAACUGGGGGUCAGACUCCCAAAAAAGAGAAGAAUGUGAAAGAUGAUUCAAAGGUAACAGAAAAUGAUGGUAAUGUGAAAACUGCCAAGGAGGCGGCAUUAGAAAAACACAUUGAACCUCAUGUUUCCACCUCGAGGCUGCCUUUGGUGCUGUCUGAGAAAGUUCAACGCUCAAAGGCACUUGUCGAGUGCGAAGGGGAUUCCAUUGAUUUGAGUGGCGAUAUGGGGGCUGUUGGUCGAAUUAUAGUUUCUGGUUCUGCAUCUGAAAAUCAUGAGGUGUUCUUAGACUUAAAAGGAACCAUAUACAAAACAACAAUAGUGCCUUCCAGAACAUUUUGCAUCGUUAGCUUCGGUCAGACCGAGGCCAAGAUAGAGGCGAUCAUGAAUGACUUCAUUCAGCUGAAGCCACAAUCCAAUGUUUAUGAAGCAGAAACAAUGGUGGAAGGUACACUAGAGGGCUUCUCAUUUGAUUCUGAAGAUGAAGCUGAGAAGAUGCCGAAGGCAAUUCCUCAUCUAACCGAUCAAAACGAGGAGAUUGAUGGGCAAAGGAAUGGGAAAUACAAGGGAAGAGAUGAGAAAACAUCUAUGGUGUCUCGGAAGAGAGGUAAACCAGUCGGAGGGAAGUCACAACCAGCCAAGAAAACAAGAAAGAAGACUGGCAUUUCAAAGAAACCAAAGGCCAAAAAAUGACGAGAUAAACCGAUGCUCAAAAUGCUCUUGUAAUUGCUGCCAUUGGUAAUAUUGUAUUCCUUUAGUUUUUUUGCUACAGUCGGCACUAAUUAGUGCAGAAA